UUGGAACGGUCGCUUUUCUUGUGCCGGAUUCAAUUUCUGAAACUUUUCACGAUAACAAAAAGCGAACGAAAUGUUAGUAGUGUCGCUACUAAUCACUUUGUUGCGUGCGUCCACCGUGAUCCACGGCGCUCUUAGAAUGUGUUGUGUUUUAAAUAUUUUCAAAGGUUGCUCAUUUGCAACUUUGUUUUAAUAGCAGAUAUUUUGUUGUUAUCGUUGAGAAUUGUGCAUGAAACUUUUAUAAUAUAGGACUGAAAGAGACUUAAAGACUGCAAAACAAAAAUGAAUCGUUUUAAUGGCUUAGGAAAAUACGGAAAAUUAUUACUUACUGUUUUUUUUCUGGAUUGGUUGAUGAGUGUUUACAUAAAGGCUACAAGUUAUGAGCCCGGAUUCAGCGGUCCAAUAGAGAACGUGACAACUCCACUGGGUCGGGAAGCUAUCUUAGCUUGCUCCGUGCAUAACCUCUCUACAUACAAGGUUGCUUGGCUUCGUGUUGACACGCAGACAAUCCUGACAAUCCACACACACGUGAUAUCAAGGAGUAGAAGAGUGGGAGUUACUCACAGUGAUCAUAGAACUUGGUUCCUGCACAUCAGGGAGCUCCGGGAGACAGACCGAGGAUGGUACAUGUGUCAGAUCAAUACCGACCCGAUGAAGAGUCAGCUUGGUUAUUUAGAUAUUGUUGUUCCGCCAGAUAUUAGUGAUCGUGGAACGAGUACAGACCAAACAGUUAGAGAGGCAGCUUCAGUGAGUCUGACGUGCGCUGCUACUGGAUCACCACAACCUCAGAUUACUUGGCGUAGGGAGCACUCUAAAACUAUCUCUCUAGCUGAUGGUUCACAAGUGACGUCACUGGAGGGUCCUGUAUUAAAUAUUACGAGGGUGAGCCGGCAGCACGCUGGACCUUAUUUAUGUAUAGCCUCCAACGGAGUACCUCCUACCGUGAGCAAGAGAAUAAUGCUUACCGUGGAAUUUCCGCCGGUCAUAACAAUAAGAAACCAGCUGGUAGGAGCUGCUCUUGGUACUGACUUGGUUUUGGAAUGUGAAACAGAGGCUUUCCCGAAACCAAUCAGCUACUGGAGCCGAGAAGACGGAGAAAUAGUCCCUAUUGGAGGAAGCAUAGAGCCACAAAGGAUAAGCGGCACUUUUCGUUCUGUGUUAAGAUUGUCUCUACGAAGGAUCAAAAACUCUGAUUACGGUUCAUAUAAGUGCGUGUCUAAGAACUCUUUGGGGGACACAGAGGGCACGAUCAAGCUAUAUCCCAUGCCACCACCAGCAUUGGAGAAUAAAAAUGUAAUGCAAAGGCUUAACAUUAUGAUCGAUAAGGAAUCUAAGAGCACUCCCUACGGCACUCAGGAUUUCAGGUUACAAGACUACAGCGGGGCUGUUUCAAGGAACGAGCUGUGUUGUGUGUUAGUGAUCUCUUUGAUAACGAUGAAUGUCUUGAAUGUUGUUUCGUUGUGAGCUCGGAGUAAUUGUUAAUAUUGUUGUCUAACGUGCUUUGUUGUCUAACUCUAGUGGAACGAGACUGAUGUUUAACGUGUUUGUGGAUAUUAUGUUACAGUAAACCUCGCUUCUAGAAGCAUAUUAAGCUUAUCUUAAUAUUGUUAAUUUGUUUAUUAUACAAUGAAUCUCGCCACAUGCAAAUGUUAAUUCUAUGCAGAUAACUUGAAAAGUCUAUAAAAAAACUAAAAUCUUAUUUAAAAAUAGUGG